CGCAGGGGGGCGCUGCGCGCAUGAAGACGGGAGCGCGCACAUAGGAGACGGCACUACUCACUCACACCAUAAAUAAACACUGACUAACACAAAACUAAGCAGAAUAAUCUUCAGAAAUGACAUCGAAAUGAGGGGGCUCUUGAAGCUGAGUGUCCGAGCUGUGAGCUGUGUUCCCCGCAGACCGUGCAGUGGAGGAAGACCCCCCGCGCCGCUGGGAGCAAGAGUCCUCACCAACCCACGGGACAUCUUUCAGCACAACAUGUGGGAUCAUGUGCAGUGGACAGAGGAGGAGACCGAGGAAGCCCGGCAAAAAGCAGAGCAGAACUCUGAAGAGAAGAUUCCUGUAGAAGAGCAAUCCAAAUAUGACAGAGAAGCUCAUAAAUAUUGGGACCGAUUUUAUGGCAUGCACCAGAGGAAGUUCUUCAGAAACCGAACUUGGCUCUUCACUGAGUUCCCAGAGCUUCUCCCUCCAGACGAGGAGCAGGAGCAGGACUUGUGCUCAGAGUCUGGGAGCAGAGAAAAGCAGCAGCCCUGUGGUUCCUGUACAUUAACCAGCCAUAUGGACACAUUCCCUGGACAGCAUGCUGCUUUCAGGAUACUAGAGGUGGGCUGUGGUGCAGGUAACAGUGUGUUUCCCAUCAUCAACACCAUCAGGAGCAGUAAGGCGUUUCUGUACUGCUGUGACUUCUCAUCUCAAGCGAUUGAGCUCAUCCAGGAGCACCCAGACUAUGACCCUGCAGUGUGUCACGCAUUUGUGCGGGACAUUUGUGACACGACGUCCCCAUUUCCCUUCCCCCCCGAGAGUCUGGACAUUAUUCUGGUGGUCUUUGUGCUCUCUGCCAUCCACCCAGCACGCAGAGCUCAAGAUGUGGUGACGUCUUUGGCUGGAUUCCUGAAGCAGGGAGGAAUCAUGCUGUUCAGAGACUAUGGCAGAUAUGAUCUGGCACAACUUAGAUUUAAAAAAGGCCAGUGUCUGUCUGAAAACUUCUACACGCGUCAGGAUGGAACCUGUGUGUAUUUCUUCACUAAAGAUGAGGUUCAUCAUUUGUUUUCCAAUGCUGGUCUGGAGGAGCUUCAGAAUCUGGAAGACAGAAGACUGCAGGUAAACAGAGGAAAGAAGGUGGUGAUGCACAGAGUCUGGAUGCAAAGCAAAUACAGGAAGCCUUACCUGAUUCCUGACUGAGCUCUCAAAGAACUGGGCUGAAGGCCUUAACUUGAACACAAAGUCCUUUCAACAUUUUAUGUGAUAGACUUCAACUAUAGCAAAUGAUGGAGAUAACAUUGGUAUGUGCCACUAUUUGUUUUUUAUAGGUUUCAGUAAAUUGCAAUGAAUUCAUUGUCUUGUAUUGCAUUUUUAGGUAGUUGAGUGAAUUAACAUGAUUGGAGUCUUGAAAGUUAACCGUGGUUCUUCUAAAAGUCACUUUAGAGUUUAAUUAAAGAAACAGACAUAAUAUUUAGUGCUGGGCAACGAUUACCUUUACAUAAUCUAUGUGUGUGUGCUGUGUAUGCAUAUGUAAAUGUGUAUACACACAUAUACAGUAUAUAUUUUUUAAAAUAAUUACAUGUGUGUGUGUGCGCACGCGUGUACGUGUGUGUGUGUGUGUUUAAAUGAGAAAUAUACACAGUACACACUCAAACAUUAUGUAAACAUUGGCCAACACUAAUUAUAUUAUUUAAUCAUUAAAAAUGUGUUUUCUUUCUUAUUUUAAGAUUAUUUUGUGUACUGCUAUACUCUUUUUGUAUUAAUUAGAACAAAAUAUGUGAACUGUCCAUCCUCACAAAAAGGCCAGUUCAGUCAAACUUGAUCAUGUCACAGAAGAUUGUAUGAUGCUUGUUCUUCAAACAUGUAUUUGCUCAGGUUUUUAUUGAAUGGUUUGUGAUGUGGUAUAUUUAUGUUUUUAUGUGUAAUGUUUUACAUGUUUGAUGUGGCAAAUUGAUUUUUCAAGAAAUAAAUUUGUAAAAAAAUAAAAA